UUUGACUUUAACUUCAAGUCCCAUUCAACUUUAUUUGUAAACAAUUCGAAGUAAAAAUACGUAAUUUAACGCAUCGCGGGUGAUAUGAAACUUGACAGCCAAGAAUAUGAUUUUAGUUAACGUUUAUUAUUUUUAAAAUGAAAAUAAAUUCUAUCGAGAUCUCUUUAUAAAAUCAACUAGAAGCUUAACUGUGGGAUUUCUGGCAAGACAGUCUAAAUAAACUCUCUUGUUAAUGUUAUUUGCUAGAAGGAUGUCUGUAUACUGAUGCAUUGUUCCAGACUUUUUUGAUGUUCCUUUUUUGAUUGUUGCAGUGUUUUUAAGUAUUAUACAUGGAGGAAAACAGUCAGUCUCAGUUAUUGGAUCUCUCUAAAAGUGAUUCUGCGCCAAGUACAUCAGAAUCUUCAGCUUCUGUUGAAAAUAUAAUCAUUGGAGAUAGUUUAAAUGCUCCGCAUGUUCAUUUGGAAUCUGAAGGAAGUGAAAGGACUGGUUUUAAUAUUAAACUUGAUGUAGGAGGCGGAAAUGACAAAUUUUUGUUGUUCGAUCAUCCUUUGUUGAUAAAGUAUCAAAAUGAUCUGAAAGAAAGAUUGUUGAAGCUUAAUCAAGAAACUGAUGAUCAACUUAUUGAUUUGAAAAGAACUAUUGAAGCCCAAGAAAAAGAGAAUCAGUUAUUUGCUGAAAGAGGCUAUGAUCUGCAGAAGGAUUUAAAGCAAUUAGAUGAAAAGUUAGAAGCUAUUCAUGUCAAGUAUGAAGAACAAGUCGAAAGAAAAGAAACCAAUCAUGAGAAGUGUACUGAUAUUAAAAACAAUUAUCAAGCAAUUGAGGAGAAUCGGAAAAGUGAAGUUAAAAAAGAUCUCGAAUUACAAAAAGCUGUUGAGCAAUUAGCUUUUGAAGUGGUUCAGCUUACGUCUUUACAAAUGGAGUCAUUUACUGAUGCUAAAAGUCUCCAACGUACUGUGGAAAAAUCAACCAAGGAUAAAGAAUUAUUGGAAAUUCAAAAGCUUAGACAGGAUUUGUUAAUUUCUCAAAUCGAAAAUAACAGAUUUAACUUGGAAGACAAGAUAAAUUUCUACAGAACUCAAUGGGGCAUCAAAAGAGAAGAAGCAUCUGAAUUAAGAAAGGAAUUGAAUUCAGCAAAUGUAGAAAUGGAGACAAUACAUUUUGAAAAACAACAAAUAGUUCAUCAGUGGAAACAAAGUUUAGCUGCCUUAGAAAAGCAAGACCGAGUUUUAGCAGAAAUCAGAGAAUCAGCUAGGCAUUUUGAAGAAGAUUCUAGAACUCUUAAUAUGGACAUUAUAGCAUACAAAAAACUAUUAAGAAAAGAACUCGAACGAAAUGAGCAACUAGUUUUGCAGUUGCAAUUUAGGGAAUCAGAUAUAGGAAAUGUUCAAAGAGAUCUCAAUGAGAUAGUUGAGCGUGAAAAUGAUCUUGCGGAAAAUGUAUCUGUUUUGGAUCAAACCGUAGAAAUAUCAGAACAAGAACUAAAAAUUCUAUUGGAUAGUAAAAGUGUGAAAGAGAAGGAUCUUGAGGCAAAGGAAAAAGAACUUCAAAAAAUAUAUGCUUCUCAAACUAAUCUGGAAAAGAAACACAUGGAUAUGUUACAUGAAAAAAUGACUAUUACAAAGGCAUCUAAAUAUACUGAAAAACUAAUCAAGGAUACCAGAAAUUUUAUUCACUUGAAUGAAGAAAAAGGUGCUAAGAAGGAAAAUGAAAGAGAGAAACUCUUGUUGAAACUUGACAAUCUGAGAACUUAUAUUAGUAAUAUGGAAAAUAAAUUAGAGGAACUGUUACAGGAAAGAAAAGAAAGAGCUCUUUUGUUGGACAAGAGUGAAGAAAGUGCCUUAAAGAGCCAAGAGAAAAUUGACGUGAAGCGUGGUGAAAUUCGUGAGCUUGAUAACAAACUGAAAGAAAUGAUUAGUGAAGCUGGUGGCCAAGAACUUGGACCAUAUGAAAGAGAACUGGCAAACCUAAGAAAAGAAAUAACUAUUGCAGAGCAAGGAAAGAGAAAUUUGGAAGAAGAAUAUUUACGAUGCCAGCAGCAGUUAUUUGUUUUAAAUAAACAAAGUUCAAUUAAGUCAGAGGAAAAUGAAUUUUACAGUAAAAAAAUUGCUAUAUUAGAAGGCAAGAAAAUACAGUUAGAAGCUGAUAUAAUUAAAGAAGAAAAAGACAUCAAAGAAGCAAUGAUAAGAAUAGAAAGUAUUGGACAUGAAAUUGUUCAUAUCAAUAGUUUACUGAAAGAAAGGAAAGAUCUCCAAGAAAGUCUCCUCCAAACUUCAGAGCUCUCUAAAUUUGAUUUCAUUAAAACUUUGAAGGAUGCUGAAUUCCGAUACGUGGAUAAGCAAAAUGAAUUGAGAAUUUUAAGACGAAAGAAGAAGAAACGGUUUAGGAAACUAUUAAAAACUCAACAAUGCAUUGUGUAUUGGGAAGGUAGAAUUCAUUUGGCUGAUGAAACCAGAAAAAUUUUAAAAUCGGACGAACAUCUUAGUGAAUUUUACCUCUUAAAAAGUGAAAUUAGACGCUUACAGGUUAAAGAAGAGCAGAUUAAAAAAGAACAAGAGAAACUGAUUCUAGAAAUGCGAAGAGCAGUUUACACUUAUACUAACUUAUAUAUUGAAGCAGACAAGCAAUCAGUUUUUGGAAAAAGGAAAAUAACUCCUGAUUAUGUAAAGAAGAGGAUUAAAUACACCCUGAAAAAAGUCCAGGAAGAAAAAAAAGUUCUAGAAAAAUACUUUCAAGAAAUAGAAUCUCUGAAAAUGACUCAGUCUAUUACUAAACAAGAAUUAGAUUCCUUGCUCCUUCUAACUACUGAUCUAAUGAAUAAAAUUAAAUCAUUGCAGUAUGACAUGCAUAAUAAGGAACAGGAAAGAAGACUGGCUGUCAUUAACUUAUCCUUCAAGCAGAAAGAAUCAAAAUUUAUGCAAAAAGUUUUAGAUGGAAGCUAUGUUAGAGCUAUGAGAAAUGAAAUGCAUCGAUUAGAAGAAAUUGGUAAGCUUCAAGACGGAUUGAGGGCUAUGCAAGUAAUAUCCCACGCUGUAAUAAAUGAAUAUCCUGAAUUAGAAAAAACUUUUCGCAAAAUAACAGAUUACAUAACUGCUUCAAAACGUAUUUGAAUGGUUCGCUGUUAUCUUUUAUAUUACAUUUAAACAGUAUUAUGUAUGAACAUUUUUAAAGGUAAUAAAUUUCUUCAUGGGUC